AAAAAGUUUAAAUUACAAUUUCUUUAAACGGAAUUACCGGGCUUUUCUUUUUCUUUUUCUUUUUAAUUGACAGAAUCAUGCUUUGAGUAAAGAACAGUAGGGAAAGACUACCACUUGACAUAGUGUUUGAAUAGCUACUUUUAUGAAAGAAAACUUCUCUUACAAGGUUCAAGGCUUCAAGAAGCUUUCAGUCAGUUUCCUUGACAGAUAGCUCAAUCGUUCUUGAAUUUCUAACAACCCAGUCACUUUUUUAUAUUUAAAUUUCUUUUUGCCCUCACGUCUUCCCUUUUUUUUUCUUCCAUUAUCUCCUUCUUAAUAAAAUGGCGCGUAACGAAGAAAAAGCGCAGUCUAUGCUGUAUCGUUUUCGAGAAGCACAAGCAGCUGAACUUGGUCUGGGCAAGCCACGUGUACGUAGACCUGCUUUUGCUGGUGCUGUAGACACUAUUGCAGAAGCAGAAAAAUGGCGUAAAGACUUGCUGAGUGAAGUGUCUCGAAAAAUCGCCAAAAUCCAAGAUGUGGGUUUGUCGGAUUAUCAAGUACGUGAUCUUAAUGAUGAUAUUAACAGAUUGAUGGGACAAAAAUAUCAUUGGGAAAAGAGAAUUAAAGAGCUAGGUGGACCUGAUUAUUCAAGAGCAGGACCUCGUAUGUUUAGUUAUGAAGGCAGAGAAGCACCUGGUACAAGAGGUUAUCGAUACUAUGGGCGUGCGCGAGAUUUACCGGGUGUGAGAGAGUUAUUCGAAACAGUGAUGCCUGAAUCAAUAAGCAGAUCAAGAAGGGAUAUUAACCGUGAUAUUGACGCCGACUAUUAUGGAUAUCGUGAUGAAGAUGGCGUCUUGUUAGAAUAUGAAAGAGAACUCGAGAAACAAUUGGCUGAAAAGACUGCUAAUGCGCCUGAUGAGGAAAUUGAGCAAGAGGAACAAGAGGAUCAACAGCAACAAGAGGUUGAACAUGACCCAUUACCACCACAGACAACAGCAGUAAAAGUUCCUUCUCAAAAGGAAGUAGAAGCAUAUUUAUUACAGAGACGAAAACAACAGGUAAAUUCAAAGUUGUAUAGAUUGAUUGCUUAUGUAUUGCCUUAGUUGUUGGACAAGUAUGUAUCUGAGGGACUAAAGCAAAAUGAAGAAGAAACCAAAGAAUUAACAGGACGAAUCUAAAUAAACAUUGCCGAAA